GAACCUGGAGGAGUUGCGUGUCUACAAUAUGGAUUACUUGAAACAGAUAUGUGUUGGCCAACUACCACCUGGGUCAUUGGGUAAGCUGAAGUUCUUGGAAAUUCAACAGUGUAUUGACUUGAUGGAUGUACUGCUGCCAUCUAAUUUGUUGCAAAGACUACAAAAUCUGGAAGUUAUUAGUUUAAGUACCAAUUCAUUAAAAGAUAUAUUUCCAUCUGAAGGAAUAGAAGGAGGACAAAUUGUCUUGCAAAAACUUAGAGAACUAAAAUUGGACAAUCUGCCUGAACUCACGAAAAUUUGGAAUGGCCCUCACCUUGCUAUCUUUCAGAACCUCCAAAUCUUGACAGUGAUCAAAUGCAAGAAAUUGAGAAAUCUCUUCAAGUGGACUGUGGCUAUGUUUCUCGUGCAACUAGAAGACGUCUGGGUACAAGAUUGCUCUGCAUUGGAGGGAAUAAUUGGAAUGGAUGAGGUUAUUGAAGCUGACAAAAUUAUUUUCCCAAAACUGAAGAAUUUGUUACUGCAAAAUCUUCCAUGCCUCACAAGUUUCUACCCUGGAAAUGGUACUAUUGAAUGCCCUUCCUUGGAACAUCUGCACCUGCAUGAUUGCCCAUUGUUUAGGACCUCUGUUUCCGACUUCAAUAGCAGCAAGGAUAUUCAAGUUAAUAAUGAGCAGCACUCGCUCCUCCUAAAGAAAAGGCUUUCUUGAAGGUACAUACGAGUCUUGACAAAUCAUUCCAGGGGUCGGUGUGUUGAUAUUUUUGAGCUCCCUGAUAUAUACCAGCUUGGAAGGAACCUCC